CUCCGUUGAUCAUAGUCUGUCCCGCGAACUUGCCGGGCAUUCAGAAGAGGUGUACUUACCGACAUGGCAGGCGCAUUGAUCCUGGUUCCCAGCAGCACGGCAGCGAGUCUCUGCAAGGCGCCCACAACACCAUGCCUGCAGGCUUUCGGCGUGUCCAGGAAGAGCGGAGGCAAUAGAUGCCCCUCUGUCAGAGCUUCUUCUGACGAUUUGAAGACUAUCGAGAGCAGCCAGAUCAGCAGGCGCUCUGCCGCGGCCCUGUUGUCAGCAGUCCCACUACUCUGGCUUGCUCCAUCAGCCCGCGCCCUCAUCCCAGACGACGACGACGAGGAGCUGAUUGAGAAGGCCAAGGCCAACAGGAAAAGCCGCCUGGCGUCAGAGAAGGUGGCCGAGAAGGAGUACGCCAAGACUGGUGGCUUUGCAGAUGGCGAGGUGGUCGCGGUGCAGAUUGCUGUAAACAAGCUGGCCAAGAGUGGAGAGGCGCUGGCCGCCGGCGACCUGCCCGCCGUUGCAGCCACUGUCGGCAGUGACGCAUGGGUGGGCGAGUUCCAAAGGGCCACAUCAGGCCUUAGCACCAGCGACGCCGCGAAGAAGUCAGCCAACGCUGUGUUUGAGGGCAUUGGCGCGCUUGAAAACUCGGCUAAGAGUGGCAGCCUUGUUGAUGCCAAGAGGAGCUUUGUGACUGCGGUGUCAGCGCUGCAGACAUGGGCAGAUGACGCCGGCAUUGCCGCCAGCCUCAAGGGCCUCUGAAGGGGCACAUGGAAUUGGCUAGCACCCGAAAAAGCAGACUUAUGGAGAGAAGACUAAUUUGGGCAGUGGCAGUUUCAGCAUUUGCUUGAUGUUGCAAAUAGCAGGGUUCAGAGCUUUUGAGGGAUCUAAAACUAAUACGGUUGUACCUUUGUUCCUUGAAGGAAAAAUGCCAAUUGGCACUGAGGGAAUGUUUGAAAAGCGCAGCAAUAACAGAAGUAACGUUCAGAACAAAUCCUGCAGUCAGUUUGGCCCAAACCUUGCUGAGUGGGGCUGGCUGGCAAACUUGAGGAGAGCGUUGUUUAGUCAAUGCAGCCUUCUGGGUUGCAUGUGUAGGCCUGUAUUGGGUGUUGCAGUGCUUCAGGGAUUGGGGACCUGGUCAGUGUGCGGACAUGCACCAGUGCUUUCUUGCACGUGCAACUUGUUUUCUGCUAAAGUAUUGCUACGGUUGAUAGAAAUGAAAGUGUUGACAUAGAAUCAAGCUCAACGGCAGCUCGUGAUGGUGGGACCAUUCAAGUGGGAUGCUUGACAUCCCAUUCCUCUGAUAACUGCCUGAGCAAUUCAACACAACUGCUGCGAUUUACUCUGAUCAAAUCGUACCGUACCGUAGACCGGCUACUAGCUAUUAAUAACCCUGAUGUCAACACC